UCUUGUCAAUAAACCCUAAAUUUUCUUCUCGGCUAUGGCGAUCCAGCUCUCCGCGAUGUGCCGGGAAGCGUCCUUUCCAUCGCUGAGAAAUUCCGGAUCGGCAGUAGAAUGUAAGUGUAUUAGUCGUCGAAUCGAGGAAAAGCAAGCCCGAGCUGCUGAGUUUUGCCCUCUCUACUCGUCUCUGCGAUCGAUUCGUGUCUCUAGCAGCAGCGCCACGAUCCCGGCUCUUCGAUCAAUGGCGGCAUCCAACGGCAGUGUGUCCGUCGAUGAUACUGCUCCUCCUGUGAGAAUAGGAAGGGAGAUUCGUAACACGAAGGAGACGAAAGUGGAUGUCUCGAUCGGUCUGGAUGGCACUGGGAAUUGCGACUGUGACACCGGCAUCCCAUUUCUAGACCACAUGCUAGACCAAAUUGCCUCUCAUGGUCUCUUUGAUUUGAGCAUCAAGGCAGUCGGAGAUACUCACAUCGAUGACCACCACACGAACGAGGAUGUUGCUUUGGCUUUUGGAACGGCACUCGCAAGAGCUAUAGGGAAUCGCUCCGGCAUUCACCGCUACGGUGAUUUCAGUGUUCCACUCGAUGAGGCCCUUGUCCAUGUCGUUGUGGAUUUGUGUGGCAGGCCUUGCUUGAGAUAUACGGCGACAAUCCCCACUCAGCGAGUUGGUCAGUAUGAUACUCAGCUUGUUGAGCAUUUUUUCCAAUCGCUAUGUAACACAUCAGGAAUGACUCUCCACAUCCGACAGCUGGAUGGUACAAACAGCCACCAUAUCAUAGAAGCCAUGUUCAAAGCGUUUGCGAGAGCUCUUCGCCAGGCUUGUGAGCCCGAUCCCCGUCGAAUUGGCAAGGUUCCAAGUUCGAAGGGGGUAUUGUCGCGAAUGUAGAGAUCUUUUAAGGAAGGUUCGGUUUUGUUUAUAAAUACAUGUGGUUGCACACUAAGAAAAAUUUACUGUUUCUUCA